CACGGCGAUUGAUACUGCGAUUGAUAGUGCGAUAGAUAAUGCAAUUGAAAUAUACAUACAAAUACACGAUACCUAUGUCCAUACUCUAUUGUAGUGUCAAUCGACAAUCGCGAUUUAGACGGCUCCGCGGUGCGUCAGGCCGUCAGGGUCUUCACUCUUCAUUCUUCGAUCAGUCUCCUCCCCGUGUCGGAGGCCGCACGUAAUCCGUCGCCAUAGUCUAUCAGUCACAGUAAUUCACAAACGAUCAACCAUACGAAACAGCUAGUCUAACCAAAGGAGUCGACUUAUCUAACAGCAUGGCUACCAAAUCUAGUCUAAGAUCAAAGUGGGACGAGUUUGUGGACUCUUCUACAGCUACUGCUGUUGAACUUUCUGGUACAAACCAAAUGUCAACUGGGGUUCGAAAUGUUGUCGGUUGGCUUAAACAGGCAUCAUUAGAAGUACAGCACGCUAGUUUACGAACCCUAAGUACAAUGACUGAUCAUAUAUCUGGUGCAACUCCACCUCUAAUAAUUCUUCACUUCAAUGACGUCUACAAUGUUGAACCAAGAGAUCAAGAACCAUGCGGAGGUGCUUCCAGGUUUUCAACAAUGAUCAAAUCAUUUGCUCAUCAACAACCUAUGAUAUUAUUCAGUGGAGAUGUGUUUUCUCCCAGUAUAUUAAGCACAUUUACUAAAGGUGAACAAAUGUCAAAGGUGUUAAAUGAACUCGGUACCCAAUGUGCUGUUUUUGGUAAUCACGAAUUUGACUUUGGCCUUGAAGUAUUAUCAGAACGUGUUUCUGAAACUAAAUUUCCAUGGCUGAUGUCCAAUGUUGUUGAUAACGAGACUGGUAGACCUUUAGGAGAUGGUAAAAUCACACAUCUUUUAGAUUGGCAUAAUAAGCGAAUAGGACUAGUAGGCUUAGUCGAACGUGAGUGGUUAGACACUUUAGCUACUAUCGACCCAGAAGAAGUAACAUUCAUAGACUUUGUGCAAGCUGGCCGGUCUUUAGGAAAACAACUUAAAGAAGAUGGCUGUGAUUAUGUUAUAGCUCUUACACAUAUGCGCAUGCCAAAUGAUAUUAAAUUAGCCGAAAAUGUGGAUGAAAUUGAUUUAAUUCUUGGUGGUCAUGAUCACAAUUAUGAUAUACGAGAAAUCAAUGGCAGACAUAUCAUCAAAAGCGGAACUGACUUUAGAGAAUUUUCUAAAAUCACUAUCAACCUUGAUGAGCCUAACAAUGCAAUUGAGGUGAAAAGAAUAGAAAUCACUAAAGAUAUUGAAGAAGACGUUGCCAUGAAAGAAAUUUUGGAUUCUUACUUAGGAACAAUAGAAGGAAAAAUGAGUGAAGUAUUAGGUACAUUCACUGUUGAAUUAGAUGGCCGUUUUAGUCAAAUUAGAACUGGAGAAACGAACCUUGGAAAUUGGGUGUGUGAUGUUCUAUUAGCAGCUACAGGGGCAGACUUGGUAAUUUUGAAUUCAGGAACUUUUAGAUCAGAUCGUAUUCAUCCUCCUGGAGAUUUCACUUUGGGUGAUCUAGUUAAUGUUGUACCAAUGCAAGAUCCUACUAUUGUCAUAUUAGUAACAGGACAGCAAAUUUUGGAAGCAUUGGAAAAUAGUGUUUGUAAAUAUCCUAAAACAGAAGGACGAUUCCCUCAAGUGUCUGGAAUUAGUUUUGGUUUCGAUCCAGAAGCAGAACCUGGCAAAAGAAUUGAACCUGAUUUAGUUAGAAUAGGAGACGAGUAUCUUGUUCCUGAUCAGUCUUACAAGUUAGCUACCAAAUGUUAUUUACAUAAUGGUUGUGAUGGGUAUACAAUGUUAAAGAACUCUCCCAUUAUUGUAAAUGAUGAAGAAUGUCCUGAACUAGGAUUAGCUGUCCAAAACCAUUUUUCCGCUAUACAAAUGCGGCAAGGUAAAUCACGCCGAUUAUCCAAACACAGGCAAAGCUUAGUCACACUUUCUCGAAGACAUAGUUUGGUGAAGUCAAUGGAAGGAAAUGAAUGGGAAGGUGGGCCGUCGCCACUUAGAAGAGGUUCACUAACGUCGCCAAGUUUAUCCAUCCAUCAUCAUGGUUAUUCACAUUCUCCAUCACCACCAUCUACUCAUCAUUUUCACCAUCAUCAUCACAAAAUAAAUAGACGUGCUAGCUUUGAUGAUCUAGAACAGCAAACUUGUCAACUAUCACCAAAAGUUCAAAAUAGAAUUGUUAAACUUACUCCACAGCUUAGGGAAGAGAUGUUAAUUGAUCGGCAACGUUUGGAAGAUGAAUCUGUUAUACAGGAGGUUGACGAAUUAAACAAUUCUCCUCAAGGUAGUUUUGACCACUCAUAAACUCCAUAAACAGUCCCAGUAGUAUUUAUGUUGUUAAAUUAUUUCUUGUUCCUUUUCAAUCCAAAACAUUAAGUAGGCAAUUUACCAUUUCCAUAUUAUUAAUCCAUUCUACGCUAUUCUAUUAUUGUUUUUAAUUUUUAUUUCUGACCGAUGAUUCAUCAACCAUUUAAUCAAAACUAUUUUCAAUUGAAUUAAUACAUUGUAAAACAAAAUAAAAUUAAACCAAUUGGUAAUUAGUGAACAUUAAACUUAACAUGUCCAACCUUAAACAAUGUCCAUUUAUUACAUACAAUAUUUUGGAAAUAUUCUAGUCACAAAGACUUAUAAUAAUAAAUUGUAUUUUUUAUAAUAUUAUAGUUUAUUCAUAUUUAAUGGGAUUACUUGUUUUUAUUAAAAUUUUAAAUUUAUGUAAUUAUUGUUAUUAAAUAUUUUUACUUUACAUUGUUUUUAAUGUUAUUAAAAUUGUUGACUAGGUAUUAAUUUAUUAUGUUAUUACUUAUUAUUACUAUUAUUAAAAAUAUGUUGAGAGUUUGUUCAUUAUUUUUCAAACUUUUGUGUUAAUAAAAAUGUAUUUAUUUGCUCAUAAAAAUAAUUU